UGGCCGUUGGAUCUGCCCAAGGCACGCACGGCAGGGUACCGCGUCCCAACCCGCUCGACAAACCCUCGCCGCCGCACACUCACGGGCUCACUCACCAUUAGUUUAAGUGUGAGGCCGCCGCGUGCGCCGGCGGCGGAGGCGGCCGCUCACCCCGCCGCUCCGCCCGUCCCGCUCGCCGCUGCCGAUGACCGCACCGCCUGAGACCGCGGCCAACCGAACAAAACGGCGGCGAUGAAGAGGCCCGGCCCUUGGGGCAGACCCGCGCUCCCGAGCGGCGGCAGCGUCGGACCCCUCCGCCUCGCGGGGCCAGCCCUCCCGUCCGCGCCGCGCCGCGAUGCCGCCGGCUUGGAGGCCCGUGCUCGGGCAGCCGCCGCGGCGUCGUUGGCGCCGGCUGCUGUGGCGGGGCCUCUGGGGACCGCAUGGCGGGGGACCGUCGCGGCUUCCGGCCGUGGGUUCCGGCGACGCCAAGCUGUAGAUCUGAGCCGCCGUCUCCGCUUCGUUUCCUCCAUGUUUCGAUCUGGGCUGCAUGUAGGCUGGCUGCGGUGGCUGGGAGUGUGUACGUUCUCGCACACCCGCGCCUUCUUAAAUCCCACACCACAUGGGCAGUGACUCCGGCGAGCUGCAGGGAGUGACGGGCAGAAAUGGCGGCCUCCUCCCUCCUCGCCGCCAUCCUGGCGCUGCAGCUGCUUCUCCUCCUCGUGGCAUUCACGCCCGCACCAGCAGCAGCAGCGAGCCCCUCCAAGCGCCCCAUCCAUCAGCCUCCCUCUUUCCCCGCAGGAAUCUCUACCCUGCGGCGGCGGGCUGCAAGCUCGAGCGGCAGGCUCGCCACGGAGGCGGUGAAGCCGUUCACGGCGCACUACUUCCCCCAGGAGCUGGACCACUUCACCUUCACGCCCAACUCCUCUCGCGUCUUCUCCCAGAAGUACCUCCUCAACGACACCUUCUGGCGGAAACCCACCGGGCCGCUGUUCGUGUACAUGGGCGGCGAGGCUGACAUCGAGUGGUUGGCCACCACCACCGGCUUCAUGUUCGACAUCGCGCCAGAGUUCGGGGCUCUCAUCGUCUUCAUCGAGCAUCGGUUCUACGGGGAGUCAAAGCCGUUCGGCAAUGACUCGUACAAGUCAGUUGACAUGUUGGGCUACCUGACGUCCACACAGGCGCUCGCCGACUUUGCCAUCCUCAUCACGAGCCUUAAGCAGAACAUGUCCAUUGUUGAUGCCCCCGUCGUCGUCUUCGGCGGCUCUUAUGGCGGCAUGUUGGCUUCAUGGUUCAGGUUAAAGUAUCCCCAUGUCGCCAUCGGAGCCCUGGCGUCCUCUGCACCCAUCCUGCACUUCGACGACAUCACCCCGUGGUCAAGCUUCCAUGAUACCGUCUCACAGGACUUCAAGUCCGAGAGCCUGAAUUGCUUCAGUGUCAUCAAGGCAGUCUGGGAUGUGCUAGAUAACAGGGGAUCCAAUGACACAGGGCUCUUGGAGCUCAGCAAAACCUUCAGGGCCUGCAAGACCGUGCAGUUCAUUUAUCCGCUGAGCAGCUGGCUACAGACAGCGUUCAUCCACACAGCCAUGAUGGACUAUCCAACCCCAGCAAAUUUCUUGAUGAAUCUGCCUGCUUACCCAGUCAAGGAGAUGUGCAAGAUCAUUGAUUCUUUUCCUGCGGGAGCUGACGUCAUCGACAAGGCUUUCGCUGCGGCGAGCGUGUACUACAAUUACACAGGCGACCAGAAAUGCUUCCAGGUGGAGGGUGGCGAUGACCCUCAUGGCUUCAAAGGAUGGGGCUGGCAGGCCUGCACAGAGAUGGUCAUGCCAAUGACGGUGUCGAACGAGAGCAUGUUCCGACCAUCCAGCUUCAGUUACGAGAAGAUGUCCGAGAACUGCCUCGCGGGCUACGGAGUUCGUCCGAGGAUGCACUGGAUCACUUCUGAAUAUGGUGGCCAUAAAAUUGACAAGGUUCUCAAGAGGUUUGGGAGCAACAUCAUCUUCUCCAACGGGAUGCGAGACCCAUGGAGUGGAGGCGGGGUACUCAAGAACAUAUCAUCCAGCAUCAUUGCUCUUGUCACGGAGAAAGGGGCCCAUCAUUUGGACUUGAGAUCUGCAACCAAGGAUGAUCCAGACUGGGUUGUAGAACAAAGGAGACAGGAAGUUGAGAUCAUACAUGGAUGGAUAGAUCAGUAUAACAAGGACACUGCACAGGGGUAGCAGUAAGAAGGCGGCAUUGAUUUUCAGAGUCAAGGAAAAUAAAUAUGGCUUGGUGGCUUUAUUAAUCUAAAGUCGGGCAAUCGUUUUUUAUCUAAAUAAAUAAAUUAAUAUGGCUACAUACAAAAUGUAAGGAUUUUCCUUUCUUCUACAGGGCGAUAAGCACAAAAAAAGAGAUAAUGCAUUAGUGCAACUUCAAAUUCAAUUAUACACCAGAAAUUCUUGAACUUAAGCAGUCAUAUAUACGUGAAUCAUGAAUGCAGAGGUUCUCCUUUUCUUAA